AUGAAGAAAACUUCAAUGAAACUACUGAGCCAUAGUCAUGGUAACAUUCCAACCAAAAUAAUUUUAGAAGCACCGAGGAAAUCACCAAGAUUAUGUGUAGCAACGCAUAAAUCUCAGUUACACUCUAAACGGGUGUCAAAUUCGGGGAAUUGCUCCAAAAAAUUUAAGAUACCAGGAAUACAACACCAGAGUACAGAUGUCGCUUCAUUCGGUUCAAGAAGAAGCGAGGCAGAGAAGGAAGUGGUUAAUUUAUCUCAAAUAACGCAAAUGCAAGUUGACACUCAAAAGACCAGAUCUGAUUCUAGUUGCAUGGCUUCGGCUAGCACGUAUCAAGGUGAUGCAUAUGAGGAGAUGGAGUAUAUUUGUGAGAUUUACAAGAAUCUGCGGACUAUUUCAGCGUUUUACGAUUGGCAGUUUCAAUGCUUGAAUAAUGAACAUAUGAUAAAUGGGGCAAACAUGAUUAUAUCGAUGGCAACCGGUGCAGGAAAAACUCUUGUCGCAGAGAUUAUGAUGUUGCGAGAAGUAAUUGUUCGACGAAGGAGUUGCAUUUUUGUUGUACCAUAUGUUGCAAUCGCUCAGGAAAAAGUUUAUUCGUUAUCGUUUUUCGAAGACAAGUGCAAUAUCUGCGUGGAAGAAUAUGCGGCAAGCAAAGGUCGUUUACCACCAAUCAAACGUCGAAAGGGGGGAUCUAUAUAUGUCGCGACCAUUGAAAAAGCAAAUAUGUUAAUUAACAGUUUGAUAGAAGUGAAUCGCAUUGACGAAAUUGGAGUUAUAGUGGUGGAUGAAUUGCAUAUGUUAGGAGAAAAUACUCGUGGAGCAAUUAUUGAACAAGGACUAACUAAAUUUAUGCAUAAAGGUCGAACUGGUCAAAUAAUUGGUAUGUCAGCAACUCUUUCGAAUGUUGAGGAGCUUUCAAAAUUUCUCAAUGCGGCGGUAUUUUCAACGAAAUUUCGCCCUGUUGAAUUGAUUGAGAAAGUGAAGAUCGACAACUCGUUAUAUAUUGUACAACCGGAGGGGAAAUUGGAAUUCGAGAUGAAUUUAGGUGAAAAUAAAUUAAAAAAUCGUGACCCAGAUGGGCUGGUUCCUCUACUACAUGAUAUUGUACCCAAGCGAUCGGUUCUAAUUUUUUGCCCCACCAAACAAAAUUCUGAAAAUGUUUGUAAAAUGGUUUCUCAUUUGAUGCCAAGGUGUGUUCGAGAACGUAAAAAAACCGAAAAACUAGCUGCAGUAAAAGCUUUGAAAGGCGAGGAAAAUGGAAAACUUUCUUCUUUACUAGAAUUAGGCAUUAUGCGUGGUGUUGCAUAUCAUCAUAGUGGUUUAACAGCUGAUGAAAGGAAGAUUAUUGAAGACGCUUUUCAGGACGGAAUUAUCAAUAUAAUCUGCUGUACUUCUACUUUGGCAGCGGGGGUUAAUCUUCCAGCUCGACUAGUGAUAAUCAGAGCUCCAUUGAUUGGCAAGGAACCACUUCGUAAGGCGCAAUAUCUCCAAAUGAUCGGUCGUGCUGGUCGAGCAGGUUAUGAUGAUAUGGGAGAAGCAGUGACAAUUAUACAUUCUAGUUAUGAGGAAAGCAAAUUUUUAGACAUGAUCAGUAGACCUUUACCGAGAUGUAAUAGCUCACUAAAUGAACCAGCAAUGUUUUCGUUGUUCCUGCUCGAUUUGAUCUCAUUAAAGAUUACGCAACGAUUAGAAGAAUUGGAAGUUGUGGUGCAACAGACGCUAUUUGGGAUACAAAAUAGUAAUAGUGAAGAACUAUUAAGAGAAAUGUUGGAAUAUCUAACAAAACAUGAUUUAGUGAGUGUUGAUGGGGAUGGGAGAUAUUCAGUUUCAAUUUUCGGCAUGGCAGUCUUUUCGGCUUCCUUAUCACCACUGGUAGCACAGCAGAUUUGCACUUUAUUAUCAAAUAAUUUGAGCGAAGGUAUCGUACUGUCUUCACAUUUUCAUCUGUUAUUCAUGGUGAUACCGUUCGAUGUAGAUGUUGAUAUCGAUUGGAAUAUAUUUUAUGAAGAGUACAAAAUGUUGCCGAGAUCUGAGCAAACUUUACUUGCACGAUUGGGAUGGAAUGAUAAGCAACUCAUUCGAUGUUUCAUCGAUCAACCGAAAUUGAACGAAGGUGAAUCAUCGUUUCGUUUAUAUAUUUCAUUCAUGUUGCACCGAUUAUGGAAGCAGGAAACGUUUUCUGAUGUUGCGGAACGUUUUCACGUAUCUCGUGGUUGGCUUCAAAAUGUUCUGCAAGCAACUUGUUCCCAUGCAUCUUCGAUAGCACGUUUUGCAGAGAAAAUGCCGUCUUUCUGGCCGUUGAAAAAUUUAUUACCUGAUCUGAUACAGCACUUGCGAAAUUGUUCGCAACAAGAGCUAAUUCCGUUGCUUGCACUUGACGGUGUUAAAAGAGGACGAGCACAACAACUUUAUAAUGCAGGCUUCAAGACGAUUGGUUUAAUUGCUUCAGCAGACCCAUCGAUGCUGUUAUCUACCAUAGAUCAUCUUAAUAGACGGCAGGCUAACGCAAUCAUCAGAAGUGCAAAGGUUUUGUUUCGCGAUCAGCUGGCAGAGAAAGUUGAAGAACUGGAGGAGCAAAUUGGGAUUAAGGGGACCGAAAUUUUGGCGAAGUUUUUCUCAUAUUGCUGA